GGAGCCGCAGGCACCGGGAGCCGGGCGGGUGUCCGGGCAGGGGCGCUGGGCACCCAGUGGGGCCGUGCCCAGGAUGCUGCUGCGCUCGUGGCGCUCGCUGUUCUCGGGCCGCCUGCUGCUCCUCACCAACACCGUCAGCUGCGGGGGGCUCCUGGCAGCCGGGGACAUCCUGCAGCAGGAGUGGCACCGCCGCAAGCACCCCCAGAGCCAGCUGCAGCUGGGGCGCACGGGCAGGAUGUUCGUGGUGGGCUGCAGCCUGGGUCCCCUGAUGCAUUACUGGUACCUGUGGCUGGACCGGGCGCUGCCGGCGCGGGGCGUGCGCUGCCUGCGCACCGGCAUCAAGAAGGUGCUCAUCGACCAGCUGGUGGCAUCGCCCACCAUGGGAGCCUGGUACUUCAUGGCCAUCGGCACCCUGGAGGGCCAAUCCCUGCAGGAGAGCUGGGACGAGCUGAAGGAGAAAUUCUGGGAGAUGUACAAGGCUGACUGGAGCGUGUGGCCGGCGGCGCAGAUCCUCAACUUCCUCUUCGUGCCACCCCCGUUCCGUGUGGCUUAUGUCAACGUGGUGACCCUGGGCUGGGACACCUACCUGUCCUACCUCAAAUACAGGCCCCGCAGCCCCGGGCAGGAGCCCCCACGGCAGAGCCCGAGCAGCGCCGGGGCCUAGAGAGGCUCGAGG